AUGACUUUCGAAGUGGCAUACAUGCACCAUCUCCCGGCCGUCGAGCCGCUCAUGAAGCACGACAUUGCCGAUCCUCACGCUGCAUUCACCGAGUCCUUUGCCCGCGAUGCCAUUCGCGCAAUUAUCUCGAAGAAGAUCUCCGAUCUCACCCUUCUGCCAGAAACUGAAUUGGAUGCAGCUCGGCCCCUGAACGAGUCUGGUGUGGGUUCCAUGCUGACUGCUGAGCUUCGGACCUUUAUCCUCCGCACUUUCGAGGUUGACGUCCCCUUCGACGUGCUUUUCAAGAGUGCAACUGUGAACGGCCUGACUGAUAUGAUCGCCCGGGAUCUGCAGGCUAGUGCCUAG